AUGACUUCACAGCGACAUGUUGAAUCGCCUGUAGGAGGAGAAAAUGGGACUGAUAACAAACUAGAAGAGGACAAGGGGAGGGGUGUGAGACAUUGCGACAAGGCCGAUGGGGCUAGUCAUGAAGAAUCACAACGCACAGGGUGGGCGGAGAGGACUAGGCAUGAAGAAAUAGACAAUAAGCAAAGCCACAGGGGAGACAGGGAUUGUGGCAGUGGAGCGGGCGAUAGGCGAAGGUCUAUACAGCACACACACACAGAGCAUAGGAUGGAUGAUACAGUACAAGGCGAUAGGCAGAGGUCUGUACAGCUCACAGAGCGAGCGGAGAGGACUAAUAACGAAAGGACAGAGGACAGACAAAGGACAAUCAGACAAUUAGACAGAGACGAUAGGAAUCAACACAAUGAGAUGGAAAACAGGCGGAGGUCUAUGCAUCAUGCAGAAAGAGACUAUGGGUGCCACAAUACGGAAUCGGAGGAGAGGCAAAGGUAUACACAACCCACAUACGGCAAAGCUAGGGAUAGUUAUAUAGAUAAGGAUAGUUAUAGUGAAGUGGACUAUAGGCGGAGGUCUUCACCAUACAAUUACACGCAGAGUAAAAACGAGGACAAAGAACGAGAUUACAGGAGGAGGUCUAUGCAACACACGAGCGUAGAGAUUAAGAACAAGGACAAAGAACGAGAGGACAGAAGGAGGUCUGGACCUACCAACCAUGGGGGAUAUGGGAACGAUGGUAGCGAACGGAGCGAUAGGCGGAGGACUACACAACACACACGCACAAAAAUCGAGACUAAUGCCAAAGAACAAGGGGAUAGACGGAUGGCAAGACAAUCCGCAGACACAGGUGAUAGAAACAGGACCCAAGAGACCGCUCGAAGCAAUAGGCAUAUACAGUCCCCGCAUAGUGCUGAUAGCGACAGAAACGAACAGAGUAGGAGAUGCGUACAAUCUGCAGGCGAUGCAAUGAAGGAUACCAACGAGAAGCGUAAAACAUGCACAGAGCCUAGAAGUGAUGUAGAUAAGGGUGGUAACGAACAAGGCAAGAUACACACAGAAUCUAGAAGUGGCGCAAAGAGAGAUAGGAACGAAGUUGCACAUCGCACAGGGAGGGCGUUCGAUGAUGUGUGUGGUGACACGCACAUGCCGGGUCUAACUGAUUCAAACGUUACCGACAGACGUCCGCAGAAACGACGGCACUCUGCGGCACUGGAUGGAGUAGCAGAGCAAUAUGUUUAUAGCAGUGCUCCGGUGAAACGUGCGAGAAGAGGAAGCGAAGCGAGGCAGUAUACUCAGUCACGUAUGCCCCCACAGAGAGACCCGACAAUAGACACAUCACAACCACGCGAUAAGUUAGGUACAUCCCCAACACACACACAUGCACGCAAUCAAACCCCUUCAGACACACACACAGCUCAACGUACAGUCCCAAAUAGUGGUACCAACCGCGGUUCACAUACGGGUGAUAGUGGCUUUAGACGCCCGCGGAGCGAUGUGGGUGGUUCUACAGAUACGAGUGGUAUUGAUAUGGGUAGCGAUAGCGCAGGUAGGCAUAAAAUAGGUAGCAGCGAUGUGGGCAGCAAUAGCCACGCAGAGAGUGGGAGGGCGAGUGCGAGAAGAGCGGCGAGCGAGUGCGGACGCGGUUUCCAUGGCAACGGUGCAUCCGGGAACGGGCAAACACCUGCAGCCAGCAAACGACUUCGUUAUAGUCUUGAUGGAAAACACCACCGAGAGAGCAUGGGCAAACUCUUACAAUCAGCUAAUAUACAAGAUAACCACAGCCCUCCCUCUAGCACGCCACGGUCCACUCCGCGCGAUACAGCCCCAGAAGCGAAGCGGUUGUUUGCGGACGACUUGGACACACCCGCCGGAUCUGAGCAAUGGACAAAUAACCAGGAACAGGUUGAGCUAGACCCCAGACUAGACGUGUGCAGUGAACAGUUUGACCCCGCCAUGGCCCUGGCCGCGCCGACGAUUCCGCUGCCAUUUCCGAAGAUGAAGGCGUUCGAUAAUCUUAGCAAGCUGGCAGGAUUUUUGUUCGGGGCUCCGAAAUCGGGUUCAACAGCAAACACACCAAAACCCAAAAUCGGAUCAGCCCCAAAUUCCGUGGCAUCCACACCCAAAACCAGAGAAGCGCGCACACACAGCACUGGUCUAACGCUUUCGAACACUGCCAAUACCAGCACUGGCCCUGACAGUUCGGAGGCAGAUAAUAACACUACUAUACUAGGCAGUAAUACAGCCUUUUCGGGUGGCAAGACCCCAACCAAUUUGUCCAUAUCAUCCCAAAUCGGGUCUACUUCAAGCCCGAAAUUCAUCUCUGAGACCAAAACAGCCGAGGACACCACCAGCAGUAAAUCGGCAGAACUCCCGGCAGUAGUGAAGCGGAUAGGAGCGGGUGGUGCAGCAAGCAAGCACACACAACACGCACACAAAAGCAAACACGCACACAGUGCUAAAGAGAGGAUGCCACAGAAGAAACGGCUGCGAGACGUCUUGCAGCGCAUGCCGGCGUUUGGUGAGGAAGGGGGCCCGUUGAGUGUGCUGUACACGUGCUUCUCGCAGAAGUGCCGGACGAGAGAUCGCUACUUGUACGUGACGAGCUGUUAG